GUCACAUCUGUAGUAGCCGUCCAUCCUUGCAUGGUCGUUCGUCGUUCGGUCGCCGCCGCUACCGUCACCGCCUCCAAAGUAAACCAAACCUCUUCCUAAACAAUCAAACAUUAAAAAAUUUUAAAUUCGACAAAAAAACUCUUCAAAUAUAAAAUAUUACAAUGUCAAUGUUUCCUCAAAUAGACUUUGAAGUGCUGCAACCCAAAAAUCACAAAACAAGCAAAAAAAGGCAUUAAACAUUUAAAACCUGCUCUGGAUGACAAUCAAUUAAUAAUUAAGCUUUAACCCUUAUAAGACACUUAAUAGUGUAAUAUAUUAACAAUUGUGUAAAGUGUAACAAAAUGGAAACAAAAAUGUGGCGGUUGUCAAACUGGCGCAUCUCGCUUCUGUUGUUUCUGCUGUGCUGUGUGCAUCUAUCACUAUCAAAUCCAGACGCCAAAAGGCUCUACGAUGACCUCCUGAGUAAUUACAACCGACUCAUACGGCCAGUCAGCAAUAACACCGACACUGUGUUGGUUAAACUCGGCUUAAGACUAUCACAACUCAUAGAAUUGAAUUUAAAAGAUCAAAUUCUUACUACAAACGUCUGGCUGGAACAUGAAUGGACCGAUCACAAGUUCAUGUGGGAUCCGCAAGAGUACGGUGGCGUCACUGAACUGUACGUGCCGUCGGAGCACAUUUGGUUGCCUGACAUCGUACUAUACAACAAUGCGGAUGGUGAAUAUGUCGUGACUACAAUGACAAAAGCCGUGUUACAACACACCGGAAAAGUCCUCUGGACACCACCGGCCAUCUUUAAAUCAUCUUGUGAGAUUGACGUGCGUUAUUUCCCGUUUGAUCAGCAGACUUGUUUCAUGAAGUUUGGUUCUUGGACGUAUGACGGCAACCAAAUUGAUUUAAAACACAUAAAUCAAAAAGUAGGCGAAGAUAAAGUCGAAGUUGGCAUAGAUUUGCGUGAAUAUUACCCCAGUGUAGAAUGGGAUAUUCUCGGAGUUCCUGCCGAACGUCAUGAGAAAUAUUAUCCUUGCUGCGCGGAACCUUAUCCCGAUAUUUUCUUCAAUAUUACUUUACGUCGCAAAACCCUCUUCUACACGGUCAAUUUAAUCGUCCCAUGCGUAGGCAUUUCAUACUUAUCAGUGCUUGUAUUCUACCUUCCAGCUGACUCUGGAGAAAAAAUCGCGCUUUGUAUUAACAUCCUCCUGUCUCAAACGAUGUUUUUCUUGCUAAUAUCUGAAAUUAUACCAUCUACAUCAUUAGCUCUACCACUGCUAGGGAAAUAUAUAUUAUUUACAAUGGUUUUGGUAGGUUUAUCCGUUGUAAUAACAAUUAUAAUACUUAACGUGCAUUAUCGUAAACCUUCUACACACAAGAUGGCGCCGUGGGUACGCUCGUUCUUUAUCAAGAGCGUGCCGAAGUUGUUAUUGAUGCGCGUGCCGAAAGAUUUAUUAACUGAGUUAGCAGCGAAUAAAAUUAACACUUCCGGAGGGAGGUUUAUGAUGGCGAAGAGAGAGUUGGAGAAUAUGCCGUCGAAUGCGUCGAGUUCCAGCUCAAGUUCAAGUUCUAGUCGAAAUCGUGGUAUUCCUGGUUGUAAUGGUUUACAUUCAACAACUGCAACAAAUAGGUUGCGGUACUUAGCUGGUGGCUUAGGCGGACGCUUGGGUUACAACGGUCUCCCUUCGGUGUUCUCCGGCCUCGACGACAGCGACACCGGCGGCCGAAAGAAGUACCCUUUCGAGUUAGAGAAAGCAAUUCACAACGUCAUGUUCAUCCAGCACCACAUCCAACGACAGGAUCAGUUCAACGCGGAGGAUCAAGAUUGGGGUUUCGUGGCAAUGGUGCUGGACCGCCUGUUCUUGUGGAUGUUUAUUAUAGCGUCGCUGGUCGGCACGUUCGCCAUCUUGGGCGAAGCGCCGAGUCUCUACGACGACACGAAGCCGAUCGACACCGAACUCUCAUCCGUCGCGCAGCAGCAGUUUCUACCCGAGUUCGAAGUCUUUUAAGUUUCGCAUAUUCAUCGCCGCCAUAUUCGUUCAUCUCUUCAUCUCGUUCGCAUUCGUUUCAUUUUCAUUCAUUCCAACGUCAACUGCGUCGACAACAAUCAAUCAAUGUGAAUUGGCUCGUUUUUUGCGAUUAUGAUUUCAAAAACCGCGAAAUGCGGCUGUAAAUAUCGUAGUAGUAAGUAACCACAAUCUCCAGAUUAUUGUUCUGAAUAAUUGAGCAAACCAAAAACCAAUGAGCACUUGAAUCUCGCAUGCGAAUAUGAUUUUUCUUUGUUUUUGAUGCAUCACUUUAAGUUUGAGUUUUUGAAAAACCGCCCUCUAUCUCAGUAUGUACGUACUACUCAAAGUUGACAAACAUCACACAUCUCAUCAAAAAAUCACCGAUUUUGUUUUGCUUUUCGCUCCGAUGAUACAUAUUAGUUACCACAGAUGGCACCAGUUGGUAGCACUGGCGUGUCACGACGUGUUCUCUCCAAACACACUGAUUGGCAUUAUGUAAUACUUGUUCUGGCGACCAACAAAAGAGUUUGACAACUUUUGUACAGUUUUUUUUAAGUGUCAACAUGUGUAACUCUUUUGUUUGGCGUCGUAUAACCCCAAAAAUAACCGAUUGGCAGCACCGUAUAUUCUACACCACCUUUUUGACGUUUGACAUUUGUCUUUUGACGUUUUUGACGUCAAAUACAGCACGAUGUGGAAUGUUUUGUUUUUCUGUUAUCGGUUCUUUUUUAAAGACUGCUUAAAUCAGUCUUUAUUGUUUCAGUGUUGCGUUUUUUUAUUGUUUUGAUUUUUGUAACUUUUGAAUUACAAUUUUUGUAACCGUUUUGGAUUUAUUGAAGGACAUUGGCUUAUUUUUCACAGAUUUGCUUGCAUCUUGCCGCCCGCGUUUAUAGAUGGCGCUCUGUGCACAUACUAAUCUCGUGCGUAUGUUUUGUAGGAGGAUCAAGACUGGGGCUUUGUCGCAAUGGUGAUCGAUCGACUCUUUCUGUGGAUCUUCAUGAUCGCCUCGCUCGCAGGCACGUUUGCCAUACUGUGCGAGGCGCCCGCCCUCUAUGACGACACCAAGCCAAUCGACAU